UCUUACUGUACCCUAUCUAUCUUUGCUUGCUUGCUUAGAUUACAUUAAUUUGUUUUCGUUUUAAUUAUUAUUUGUCAAACACAAUCUUAUUCAUAAUCGCUUUUUCAGAUAUCAAAACAACACUCAUUCUCUACAGUUUCUGCUUUUACUUUCAUUGUGUUAUUCUCUUUGAUGACAAAUUGGAUUCUCUGAAAAAUUCCAGUUGACCUAACUACAUGACAUUCAAAAUAUAGCCUCUUUGCAGUUUGUGUCUUUGUUAAUGCUCUUACUCAGAUAUUGGGUUUUUAUGGUGGUCUUAUGAAGUUUCAGCUCAAACAUCUAGUUUAGGAAAUGUGGUCCACUUGAAAAGAACGUUCUUAAUUGUAGUACUGUUGUAAUUGUUCUGGGUUCUGAACAUGCUGGUAACUUCAUAUGCUUACUGAAAUCUCAAUUCUUUUUUUUUUUUUUUUUUUUGUGAUCUUGUCAAGUUUGAGCUCACCAUUAACCAAAUUUACUUCACUUUUAGAAGAAAUCUACUUGAUUGAAGUAUUCAUAAGCGAAUUGAAGUACUUGUGUUGUAAUUAUUUUGUCUUGCAAGAAAGUUUAUAACUUUACUAAUAUUCUUACUGGAAGCGUAGUUUUUGAUAUAUCAAGCCACUGGUUUGCCUUUUGAUACUUAAACUCAGCAUUUAGUUGAGCAAAUGUACUUUACUUUAACAAGUCUAUUUAAUUGAAGAACUCAUAAGCUAGUGUUAAUUUUCUUUGUGCAGAUUGGUUUUACUUUAUUUUUCAGUGCUAAGAUCGUUAAUGUCAUAUAUUUUCAGUUUCUAAGUAUCAAUAGACUGUAUGCAGUAGUUGUCUAUCAUGUGUUUAACGGUUAAUGGUUUAUCUUUGAAGAGUUUGUGCGGAGUUUCCAACUGUAGAGGUGAGAUAUUAGAAUUUGAGUGUGGAAGCUGAUUGGCAGAUUGUUCACAGAAAGCCCCUCACAACUCUAUGGAAUUCUCUUAUACAUUUGCUUCUGUUCAUUUUUUGUUGAGCCGUAAAUUGAAUCCUUAGGGGUGCUUAUCUGGCUGUGAAUGAUGUUUAAAAUUUUAUUACAGAAAGCUUUAAUUAGUCCUUACCUUACAUUUUUCAUUGUUGAAAGUUCUUUAAGAUGCAGCUUACUUACAGUUUUGAAUGAUUUCAUUGGUUAGUUGAAAUUGAAACCCUGUUUUAUAACUGCUCCUAGAACUUAUAGGUUCACAGUCAAAUCAGGUUCAGGUAACCAUUAUUAAAGAUAUCCGUGGCAUCACUAAGCCGGAAGUGUAAUAUGAAAGAUUUAAUGUUAGUAAAAUUAACUCCAUUUGUGAAUUGACAUAAUCCAUUCUUGGUCAACCGUGCUGAUCUUCCAUUAUAUAUUUAGCUGAAUUGCCAUUGUGAAAUUCCAAUGGUUUGUUAUAAAUUGAUGUUACCUUUAACUUAUAAAGGAUACAUUCACCUUUCUAAUUCUAUUUUGUGCUUCUUGACUUCUGAGAAGGUAGUGAACUUUUUUGUAGGAAUAUAAUUUCUUAUCCACUGAAUAAUUCAUAAAUUUAAGCUUAGAUAGCUUUCAAAUUAUUCCUUGUGAGAACCAAUAUGUUUGGAUCACACUGCCAUGUGUUUUAUAUCCUCUUGGUGGAACUUGUACAUUAUUUAACAGAAAUGCCUUACAUUUAAGUUUCUUAGCAAAAGUUUUACUUCUGAAACCAUGUAUGUGGAGGAUUUUUGUCACCCAAUUGGUAUGUGAUAAUUUAACAAUUUGUUGUUUCACUUUGAUAUGCUCUAUUAGAUCUGACUUAAUUCCAUUUGGCUUCAGAAUAUGAUGCAGAAAGCCUCUUUUCUGCUAGAAUUUUUGUGAAGGAAAGUUUAAAAGGCUCCUGAGGAAUGUACACUUAAGUGUGCUUGAAUUAUUGCAGGAUGAUUCAUUUGCUUGGCCCUCAAGUUGCAGGAAGACCACACUUUUAAAGGCUUUCUGUUAGGAACCUGGUUAUUUUCCAAUGAUUCCGAGAUGAUUACAUCCCAAUCUGCAAGUCCAGUGAUUUUCCAACCUCCCUCUCAGCUCUGCUUCUCACGAACACCAGGUAACAGGGAAAAAGUUUCCUACAAUGGUUACCGGUUGGAUGAGUUUGUUCCCUAGAAAACACCAGCUUAUAUAAGCUAAGAGGAUCUGCAUAUUGCUGAAAUGACUGAGGAAAACACUUGAAUUUGCUGCCCAAUUGGUUUUGGAAACUGAGGAAAUAUGAUGAUGGAAGUCCAUAAAAGAGAGGAGUCAGGAAUUGUUCCGGAUGUAGAUAUAGAUACUUUCAUGAAGGUCCUUGAACUUGAUAUUUUUGGUGACACAACGGUGGGAGAUGAGAUGAGAAGAGGCAUCUCUGGAGGUCAAAAGAGGAGACUGAGUACUGCUGAUGCAUAUCUGUUAGGUGUCUCCUUCCUUGGUGGCUAUCGGCGAUAUGACUCCAGGGAAAAGUUUCCUACAAUGGUUACUGGUUGGAUGAGUUUGUUUCCCAGAAAGCACCAGCUUAUAUAAGCUAAGAGGAUCUGCAUAUUGCUGAAAUGACUGAGGGAAACACUUGAAUUUGCUGCUGAAUCUGCAUACUAAUAAAACAUAAGUAUGGAUUUUUUUUUUAUUUUUUAAUUUCACAGAUAUUGGCAACUUGUUGCUGAAUCUGUUACCAACGAUCAGAAAAAUUAGUGUCAAAUGAUUUCAAUGACGCUUCAAGUAGAUUACAAGUUGAAACUUGGUGUCA